UUUGAGAUCAGGCUCCGGUCUCGCGCGCAGAGGAGGAGUUCCGCACUUUCUGUUUGAAGCAUUGUGGGAGAGACAGCAAUGAAUCCGGCUGAGCAGCCUGCGGAACCGCGAAUUAACUAACUUAUAACUCUACAAACACACUUUGUUUCACAAAAUGAUGCGUUUCCUGCUGCUCUUCAGUCGCCAGGGUAAGCUACGGCUACAGAAGUGGUUUCUGCCACUUGGUGAGCGAGAGAAGAAGAAGAUCAUACGGGACAUGACCACCAUGGUACUGGCUCGAAAACCACGCACAUGUAACUUCCUGCACUGGAGAGAUCUAAAGAUUGUCUAUAAGAGGUACGCCAGUCUGUAUUUCUGCUGUGGUUUGGAGGACCAGGACAACGAGCUAUUGGCUUUGGAAGUGCUGCAUCGAUAUGUUGAACUGCUUGAUAAGUACUUUGGCAAUGUGUGUGAGCUAGACAUCAUCUUUAACUUUGAGAAGGCGUAUUUCAUUUUGGAUGAGUUUCUAAUGGGGGGAGAAAUACAGGAAACAUCAAAACAAUCUAUCGCUAAAUCCAUCGAGGCUUCAGACAUGCUGCAAGAGACGAUGGAAGAAUACAUGAGCAAGCCGGCCUUUUAGCAGCGUCUCAGAGGAAAGCUGCAUUCAUCAGUGGAACGAAAAGGAAAUUUCUCCCCAUAUAACACUCAACAAACCAUGGCCUCUGGUUACACCUUUAUUUUAGGAGCUAAGAAUAUAUGAAGUUGCUGUUAAAAGUCUGUAUGUGAAGGAAAUCUCUAUACCUAAUACAUAUGGGAGAAACAUUUUCUAUGCUUUUUUAAACAGUAGUUGUUCUGACUUUCUUUAUUAUGUAUUUGGGCAGUGCUUGCCUUUAACACUUUAUACCCUCUUCAGCUCGUUUGUUACUUGAAUAGUUAACUUAAGGCAUUCCAAACAUUACAGACAGAGUAUGGAUUUGGGAUAAUUUGAGUAAAGAACACUGUGCAAGUGUAUUAUCCUUUCUGUUGUUAGUUAUAGAUUUUACAAUGUGGCAGGAAUUUUCACUAUACACAUCCUCUUUACCUGGAUAACAGAUUAAUAGAAUGAUUUGCAAUAAUUCUAUUGAACCUCAAAUUAAUGUAAAGUGCCUACUUUGUAUGUCUCACAUUUUUAAUGAGUAUGUUGGGUCUUAUCAAAGCAGUUGUUUGAAUUUUGAAAAAUGAUUUUAUAUGCUUUGAUCUGAUUACUUUCGAUUAUGCUAUGAUGAUUAAAUAGUAAAAACGUACGCUAAUAAUAGAGACAUUAAAAUGUAUUUUGAUACACCUCAGGUCCACUCGUGUUCUUGUUCCAACCGGAGCUGUCCAAGUGCUGACGUGACGUAAUGCAGUGACGACGAAGGCAGCUCUCCAUUCAGGAUUUCGCAGACUGCUUGGUGAAGAGCGCAAGGCGUAACAUUAUAGUGUAACAUCUGGAUAUGCUUAUUUGAGGGAUCUUUAAAAGCGAUGCGCUCAGAAUCAUCUUAAUGUC